AAGACGUUUCAAGACGACACGGCGCACUCCGUGUGUUCGGCGCAAUCACUGGUGCACCUCUGCUGUUGAGCGAUGACAAGAGUGCAGCCCAGACGCCUGUGCAGUGUUGUUCUCCUUGCAUACGUUGCGUGGCAGCAAGUCUUCGUGACACCAACUUCACGCUCUCGUGUGGCAAGAGCAUCACUCGGUUUUGACGAAAGUGGAGCCCUGGGCGAUGGUGGCACUACGCCGCUGAUGAUGGCGGCACACAAAGGUGACGUAGAGGAGGUCAAGGGCUACGUGAAGAACGGAGCCAAGCUUGAUGCCCAGGAUCUCUAUGGCUGGACUGCCCUGCGAUACGCUGUGCGAGCUGAUCAAGUGGAGGCUGCAGAAGCACUGAUUGAGGGUGGAGCAGAUAUGAACCUGUCCUCCAAGUCCGGGCGUACACCUUUGAUGUCUGCAGCAUCGAAUGGGAUUGCUGACAUGGUGAAGUUGCUUUUGGAUGCCGGGGCCGACGCCAAGGCCAAGAACUCCGAAGGGCUCACGGCCUAUGACAUGUCCAUGCGCGGAGGGGAGACAGGGUGCGAGGAGUGCCGCAAAAUGCUCCAAGAAGCGGUGGACUCGUGAAGCGCUCGAAGCAGCGUCAUAUGGUCUUAUCAGCUUGGUGCAGGGUGUGUAAGGCUUUAAGGUGGUGGAUGUAAAUUGGC